AUGAUUAAACAGAAGAAGUGGGAGGGGGUCCCUCUCGCUUCCACAUUCUCAAGAAAUUGGAGAUUUGAGAGAGAGAGAAUGAAGGCAAGAGCGAUCAAGAAAGGCUUGUGGAGACCAGAAGAGGAUGCGAUAUUAAAACAGUACGUCGAGGCUCAUGGCGAAGGCAACUGGGCAGUCGUCUCUCAAAGAUCCGGUUUAAAGAGGGGAGGCAAGAGUUGUAGAUUGAGAUGGAAGAAUUACUUGAGACCCAACAUAAAACGAGGUGGGAUGUCCCCAGAAGAAGAAGAUCUCAUCAUCCGGAUGCAUAAGCUUCUCGGCAAUCGAUGGUCGCUAAUUGCCGGGCGGCUUCCUGGUCGGACUGACAACGAAGUGAAGAAUUACUGGAACACCCAUUUGAACAAGAGACAUUCGUCGCACAGAAGGCAAACCAUUGCCUCAAAUGGAUGCCGCCAAGAGGGCGAGAACAUCCGCACAACCGCCAAGGCUGCCAACACAGCCACGGAAGUACCGAGUCCACAGUCCACUACUCCGCCGCCAGCAGUAGUUCACGACGGAAGCAAUGACCUCAACCCAACAGAAUCGACAACGAUGACGGGAAGGAAAGAAGAGAGACCGGAAGAUGGAGAGAGAUUCGUGUACGGCUGCGACAUGGGAUCGCCGCUGGCGAUACCGGGGAGCAAUUAUUCGAGGCCGUUUGUCUUUGACGACGAGCUGCUUGUGCCCUGGUUGGAUUCCUUUGUUUUUGUCUGAAGCAUUUGGAUCAGAAAGACAUGAAGGGAUGGAAGGUGUGAUGGGAUCCUUGUACUGUUGUACAACGGCUCAUCAAUCAAGCAAUGGACUAGACCAAGAAGAGUUGUGGCCCGGAUGACUGCAAUGGGAGCUUCGUUUUAGCAAAAUAGAGCACCACUUUUUCGGCGGGCCAUGUAGCAAGGACAUUUUUUUUUUACUUUGUUAUGAUUGGACUUACUGAUGCAGCUUUAGCAUAUGCAUUAUUCCAGCACCUUCUGCAGAAA